GACAAUUUUAACUUGCCAAUAGAAGUGUACUUACGAUGUACUGCCACAGGAACUCGGACGUGGACUUAAUUAAGUCGAAAAUGUCUGCUUUGGAUUCGACAAUGGGAUGACGAUGAACAAUCAGUAUCUCCCGUAAUUACUGUAAAUAUUAAAUAAAUUACCAUGAACUGUUAAAAAACUAACACACUGAGACGAAAAGAAAAAACGUUGAUCCCUUGUAAAAGUAAACACGACACAAGUAGAAACUGGACGAAAACAACGUGAAUAAAAAAUGGACACGGAACGAUGAAAUAUCCAAUGAAAAUCCUUAAUGCACUAUUGCCAACUGACUAUUUGUUGAUACUAUAAUUGUUAUUGGAGAUAUUUGGCAUUGGAUAACCUGUAUCACUCAAUAAGUAUUAAUUCGUUGAUAGCAUGGUACACUAUACAUACAAAAUAAACAAAAUAUUUUGUCGUUUAUCAGUUGACCACAUUUUAUGGCCGAAAAUCAAAAUACUGAAAUAGUUAAAUACUAAAUUGAGUAAAUUGCAGUUAGUUGAAUUGUUGGUUUGAUUGAUCAUUACCAUGUCAUCAGACGAAGAAAUAUGUUCGGAUUAUGAAAUAUGUACAGACGACGAAGGGAUCCCGUCUAGUGAAGUAUUAUCCGAAAGAGAAAACAACUCUGACCAAGGAUUAUCCGACGAAAGUGAAAUAGAAGACGAUGAAUCCAAUGUGGAUAAUGAUGACAAAGAGUUGAUAAUUGGAUCCAGGUAUAUUUAGUUAUAAUAGUUAUGACUAUUUCGUUUAACCUUUGAAAGGGUGUGCUGUUGUAAAUAAUACUAAUACUAUAAAUACUAAGUUUUGUAUUUAUUUAUUUAUUUUGCAUAUAUUCUAUUUUUAUCUUAUCGGCAGUCAUAGGUAUUCCUCGAAAAUGUUUUAUCCUUCCACUGUAUAAACUUAGUUUUUUACCUAUAUUUUAGAUUAACUAAAGUAUUUCAAUUUUCCUUCACUUUAUCUCCGACAAGUCAACAUAAACAUAUUGCGUUAUCGCUAAAUACAUUACACAUUGUUCCGUGUAAUUUAUUAUUUUUUAUUUGUGGAGUUUUAUCACAAUUAUUGGAUUAUAUCACCAAUUUUUCAUAUUAUAUAUUAAUAUUUGAUAUGUGUAUGAUUGUUAUAAGAUAUUAGGAUUGUAAAAAUUUCAAUGCGCGACUACUCUUAUUAAAGAUAAUAGCAUUUCUGCUCGAAAAGGUAAAGUAUGUUGAAUAACUAACCAUAUACAGUUAUUCGGUUCAUGGAUUACAGUAUACUUGUAUAAAUAAAAAUGUAUGAUUAUUUUACAUACUCCUUUGAAUUCCAUUGAAUAAAAUAUCUUACUAAAGUAGUAUAUAUCAAUAUAUAGCUUAUAUUAAAUUUCAUAGAUGGGGGAGGGGUAUCAACAUUUUUUGAUUAACUUAUGUGCACAUAAUUUUGUAUUUCAAAGUGUUAGUAAAUUACUAUACUUUCAAAAAUAUUGUAGGUGAGGUAUGUACUAGAUAAUAUAUUGAAUCAUUAAACUGUACUAAGGUCUGUUUUGGGAUUUUAAUUAAUACAAAAAUUAAGUUACAUAAUACUUUUUAUAGCUUGCCUAUAAGCUAUCAAUUUUGAAGCAUGGUAGAUUUGAAAUAAAGAAUAAGUUCUAAAUUAGUUUUAAAUUAAUACAUAGGUAAAAAACUAAAAAUAGCUACAGUGAAUGAAAAAUCAAAAUACCACACUGAAUAAAAUAAUAUGAAAUUAUGUUAGGUAAUAUAAUCUUUGGAAUUUAUUAAGUAUUUACCUAUAAAUAGCCAAAGGUAGAUGGGUAGACCAAUAAUUUUCAAUCAAAGUUAUACCUAACUCCAUGUACAAUUUGCACAUUUUUUAAUUUGAUAAAUUUUAUUAGUCAAACAGAUAUGGGGAAAGCAGUUGCUGUUCAAACACAAAUAAGUGAGUAUAGUGAUCUCAAUUUUAUUAAUUUUUUUAUUAAAAUAAAAUUAUAUUCUGUACCUAUCUAAUUUUCUAGAUCUAUAUGAUAAUUUGUUACUUACUCGAAUUAAGCUUCAAAAAUGUCUCGUAGCUGCCAAUAGACUACCACAACCUGAGAAACAGAUUUCAUCUAUUGAAUCUGUCGAUAACAGUGAAACUAUAAAGUCAUUAGAAAAAUUUUUGGAUACAUUAUUAAAUUUAAAAGUUAAUUUACUUUCAAACAAUAACGAUUUUUUGAAAACUAUGUAAGAUUUUAUUAUCAAGUGAAAUUAAUGUAUAUUAUUAAUUAUUAAUAAUUAUUUAAACAGUGAUAAAGAUUCAUUCACAAGUAAGGUGAACAAACAUAGAGGAUCUGAAUAUGUUUUACAAGAAAGUCAUGAAACAUUCAAACUCUAUAGAAACGAGACUAUUCGAUUUUGGAAUGAACGAACUAAACUUGCAUCGGGAAAAGCUGCAAAAACUGAUUUUUCAGCUUUUGAUCAACCAACUUUAUCACAAAUCGAACAAAUAAUGUCUGAUAAGAAUAGGUUAAUUGAACGUACUCAAACUAAACGGUCUAAGUAUGAUAUUGUGGGUGAUCCAGAAACAAUAAAAAUGGAUAUUGAUCCAGAAAUAUUUGAUGAUGAUGAUUUCUAUCACAAAUUACUGAGAGAUUAUAUCGAAAAAAAAUCUGCUGAUGUCACACAUCCUAAUCAACUAGGGAAGUUAGUAGUGUAUUUUUAAUAUAAUAUUGUAUGAUAUAUAAUAAUAAAUUAAAUCUUUUCAGACAAUGGUUACAACUACAGAAACUACGGAGUAAAAUGAAACGUAAAAUUGAUACCAGAUCAACUAAAGGAAGGAAACUUAGAUAUACCGUUCACACAAAGUUAAUAAAUUUCAUGGCACCAAAUGAUCAAUUAUCAUGGUCAGAAGAAGCCAAACGGGAUAUAUAUAGUUCUUUAUUUGGUAAAAAAAGUAUAACCUCAGUAAAAUAAAUGUUACUUAAUACUUGAUUAUUUGUGUAUAACAAAAUAAUUGAAUUCUGUACAUUGAAAUAAGAUUUAAAAUAAAUAUAUUUUAUUAUUAAAAAAAAAAAUAAUAAUACAAACAAUCUAUACAAACAUGGUGUAAUAAGUAAGUCUAAUGGCUAAUCAGACAAAUAUAUCUAGUUUAAAUAAUAUCCCUUACAUAUUUAUUGAACUUAUAGAAUUUACAGAAAUUAGUAUCUGUAAAACGUUAUAUUGCUUUUUUUUUUAUUUCAUUCUUAUUUUAUGAGUAAAUUUACUUUUGAUUUUUAAAUGGCAACCUAUGUUAAAAAUUUCAUAGAUUACGAGAGUAGUGGUACAUCAUUUUUCUGGUAGAUUGCGCGACAUCUUAAUAGUGUACCACCACUCCCUCGCCAAUACUUAAAAGUGGAAUAGGUAUUUCAUCAAUGGGUUGAUGGAAAUUAAAAAUUACAACACCAAAAAAUAAAUACUAAUUUAUUUAUAGAAGUAUUAAUAUAGAUUCCUAUUUGAAAAUUAAAAGUAGGUAGUGGUUUUACCCUCUAAGAGAAGUGAUAAAAAAAAUAUUUUAGAGCUAUUUAUUUCUUGUAUGUUUAAAAAGAAUUAUGUUAUGUUGAUCACUCUUUAUGUAUACAAUCUUAGCUUUAUCGAGUUAAUUAAAAAAAACAUUUUUUUUUUAUUUAUUUCUAUUAUUUUCAAUUUUAUUAGUUUCUGUUGUUUUUCUUUACACCAAUAAUUUUUUUUAUUUUUUUUUAUAACUAAAAUUGGGAUUAAACUACUUGAAAGUUAGUAUACAAGUAUAAUAUGUAUAGUUCUGUUAAAUUGAUGGUGUUACUUUAAUAUGUGGUUUUUCUAUGGAAAAUAAGUGGUCUUUCAUAAUUAGGUGUAUAAUUUUAAACAUGCAUACAAUUUCUUAAACACAGUAUUAGGUUUAGACCCACAGGCUAGUAUAUCUAUAUUACAUUUAAUGAAGAGCGUAAAGAGGCACUUGAGCUGACAAGCUAAGUUGGCAGACAGUAUUACACUCAUAUCCCGAUAACCUUCAAACUACUAUAAUAUUGUAGAAAGAAUUUUAACCAUUAAAUAUUAUAAAUAUAUGUAGAUUAUAUACCUACUGAAUUAGAAAUUUACUGGUAGUCCACAUAUUGCAAUACAAAUGUACUUAAUGCACUAUAAAUGUUUUCUAUAUUAUUUAGAUAUUAAAAUAGGUUAUUGUUUUUACAAUAAUUAAUAACUAUCUGUUAGAGCUGAAUUUGAUAUGUAAAUGCAGAUUGAAAUAUUAUUAUUUAUAUUUUGUAAUUUAUGUUCAUACAAAUAUUAAAAAGAUAGUGAAAACUCCAUAAACACUAAGAAGAUGAAUAAAUACAAAUGAUAAUAAUAUGCUGUCAUAGAUAAAAAUUGAUAUCAUAAUUAGGAUAUAUUUGUUAGGAAUAAAAUAUCAAUAAAAAGUUUUUCUGAUUCUGUACAUACAUUUAAAACUUAAUUUCUGGAUGGGCUGGUAUAUUGCUCUUAUUUAAAUUAUUGAAAUAGCAAUGUUGCAAUGCAUCUCUUGCAUUAAUUCGUUGGCUUGGGUCAUAAAAUAACAUUUUCUAAAAUCAAAAAAUUAUAUUAAUAAUAUAAUAAUUAUUUGUUAAGAGCUGAUUGUUUGAAAUCACCUGCAUCAAGUCCACUCCAUCAAUACUAAGAUUUUCAACAGAAUGUUUUAACACAUUGUCAUUCCAUUGUGGGAAUGUUGGUUUAAAAUCCUUAAGUUGUGAAACUCCUGGCCAUGUACCUUCAUUUGGAGUACCCAAAAUCCUAUACAAUUGAAUUAAUUACUUAAUAAUAGUAAUAACUGGAUGAAAUAAUUAAUUAUAUUUACUUUUUAAAAGUUUUGCAUUAAAAUAAUAAUAAUAAUAAUAUUAAUUUUAAAUAAAGAUAAAUAUUACCUAAAAAUAUGAAAUAAUUGAUCAAUUUCAGAAUCUCCACGAAAUAAUGGUUUCCCUUCUGCCAUUUCUGCAAAUAUACAAGCUAUUGACCAAACAUCUAUUGGGCAGCCAUAACGCUGUGUGUUUAAUAAUAUUUCAGGAGCCCUAUACCACAAAGUUACAACCUUAAAAAA